ACUCUCUUUGUCGGAAGAAUUUCGGAUCAAGAACGAGUCGAGGCUAUCGGGAUCUGCAACAGAGUAGUCAAUCGAGUAGAUUGUCUUAACUGUGUCGCUCAAGCCGCAGUGAAUCUAACUACAAUGUACUGUCCACAAAGUAGGGAAGCUUACGUGCGUGCCACGAAAUGUAUGUUUCGUUACUCAGACAAACCCAUUUACGGGAAACUCGAAACGAGUCCUGUUCUGGAAGCACCGAAUCUGAGCAACGCUAAGGGAGAUAGAAACGAGCUUAUUCGGUUGCAGAGCGAGUUACUUAACCGACUCAGAUCCAUGGCUGCAGCAGGUGGCUCUAAGAGGAAGUAUGCUCAAGGAAAUGAUCCUGGCUCUCCGCCUUACAGCACAUUCUUUGGUGCCGUGCAGUGCACGCCGGAUUUGUCUGAGAAAGACUGCAACGACUGUCUCUCUUAUGGUUUCGGUAACGCGACGAAAGGGAGAGUUGGGAUCAGGUGGUUUUGUCCAAGCUGUAAUUUUCAGAUAGAGAGUGACUUGAGAUUCUUCCUUCUCGAGUCCGAGUAUGAGCCUGAUCCAAAACCAGGUGAUAUUAGUUCAGUAAAACCGGCAAUGAACGCGAAUCAGAGUAGUAUGCUAAUUCUUCAGGAGACUUGCAUAGACGCAUCUGGAGCGCUUGUAGUCUACGCGCCUGUCGACAUACCCGCCAUGCAUGUUGUGAUGAACGGUGGUGAUUCAUCCUACGUGGCUCUCCUUCCGUCCGGUUUUGCUGUUCUACCUGACGGAGGCAUUGACGGUGGUGGGUCAGGUGAUGGUGAACAGCGACCGGAUGGUGGUGGAUCCCUCUUGACGGUGGCGUUUCAAAUCCUUGUUAACAAUCUCCCAACGGCAAAACUCACGGUUGAGUCGGUGGAGACUGUCAACAACCUAAUAUCAUGCACCGUUCAGAAGAUUCGGGCUGCUUUACACUGUGGUGGUGAAGAUUUUCGGAGAUUUAGGGUUUCUGAGUUCGUCCUCUUUUGGUUGGUGAAGAUGAACGUGAUGCGUCGUCUCAAGAGCAUUGCUUCGGGUCGGACCUCGAUUUCUUCGGAUCCUGGUGGGGACUAUGCUUUGAAGAGAGCCAAGCUGGAUCAAGAGAACGACAACUUGUGUGCUGAUCCUAUGCAGGUUGACCAAAAUAGUUCUUGUUUUGAGAUGAAAGCUGACAUUUUCUCACAAGAAAGUGUUGCUGGAACGUCAAAUGUGCCUGCUGUAUCAGAAAAAACCGUGGAUGAUCAGCUUCCCGAAGUUAUGAUCGAUAUGAGGAUUAGAGACGAGCGAAAUGCCAACCGCGAGGAGAAGGAUAUGGAAACAACUGUUGUAAACGGCAGUGGGACCGAAACGGGACAAGUUAUUACAACCACAGUCGGGGGUAGAGAUGGAAAGCCAAAGCAGACAAUCUCAUACAUGGCCCAGCGAGUGGUUGGAACCGGCUCAUUCGGAGUAGUGUUCCAGGCCAAGUGCUUGGAAACGGGUGAACAAGUUGCAAUUAAGAAGGUUCUGCAGGAUAAAAGAUACAAGAACAGAGAACUUCAGAUCAUGCGUUUGCAAGACCAUCCCAACGUUGUGCGACUGAGGCAUUCUUUCUUUUCAACAACUGACAAGGAUGAGCUGUAUCUCAACCUUGUCCUUGAGUAUGUUCCCGAAACUGUAUACAGAGCAUCAAAGCACUACACCAAAAUGAAUCAGCACAUGCCAAUUAUCUUUGUUCAGCUCUACACUUAUCAGAUUUGCCGUGCGCUGAACUACUUACAUCGCGUGGUUGGGGUGUGUCACCGUGACAUCAAGCCACAAAAUUUACUGGUUAAUCCUCAAACUCAUCAACUAAAAAUAUGCGAUUUUGGAAGCGCAAAGAUGUUGGUACCCGGUGAACCUAACAUAUCCUAUAUAUGCUCCCGGUACUACAGGGCCCCAGAACUUAUAUUUGGGGCGACAGAGUAUACCAAUGCCAUUGACAUGUGGUCCGGCGGUUGUGUCAUGGCAGAGCUUUUACUCGGUCAACCACUGUUUCCCGGGGAAAGUGGCAUUGAUCAGCUGGUGGAGAUAAUCAAGAUUCUUGGGACGCCUACAAGAGAAGAAAUACGGUGUAUGAAUCCCAAUUACACGGAGUUCAAGUUUCCUCAAAUCAAAGCUCACCCAUGGCACAAGAUUUUCCAUAAGCGAAUGCCACCUGAAGCAGUAGACCUUGUCUCGAGACUCCUUCAGUAUUCACCAAACCUUCGUUGCACUGCUUUGGAAGCUUGUGCACACCCCUUCUUUGAUGACUUACGGGAUCCGAAUGUUUCACUGCCAAAUGGAAGAGCACUACCUCCAUUGUUUAACUUCACUGCACAAGAACUUGCGGGUGCAUCAACAGAGCUGCGACAGCGUCUAAUUCCAGCGCAUUGCCAGGGAACGGGAAGUAGCUCUUAGGAUCAUUUAUAGUGUGUCCAAAUCCAGCUUUCUUUCUCUCCCUCUAUUUACUGCAGUGUGUACAUCAAUUUUGAACCACUUCUGCUUCCAAGCUUUGUUGCCGGAGGAGAGUCUGGAAAUCUGCAUGCCGGGACCCGAGGAGAUGUGAAAUAACUGUGUUCAUGGAGC